AUGCGCGCGCCUGUAGCAUUCAAGCUAGCAGUGAUUGCGAGCGCUAUGUGCUCCGUCGCGACGGCUAUAGACGUUGGGUCUAUGAUUAAGAAUUUCUUCAGCGACGACGACGCCACGGGGUCCACUGACAGCGCUAAGCAAGCCAACCAGACGAACACCGACGACAGAACGUGUGUAUACGAGUGGUCUUCACUGAGCUGCCAGCCCGAAGACAAGUGCUCGAUUCAGUACCAGUUCGGUGACGUCACACCGUCCCAGGCCUGCCGUGUGACCGACACCGGUGACCACACAAAGAUGCCGCAGCAGUUCCACUUGGCGUUCGCCGGUAAGGAAGCAGGCACGGGCAUGGCCAUCUCCUGGACCUCGUUCGGACUGGAGGAGUCUCCCUCAGUGUGGAUCGGCACGAGCGAGGCCAAAGUUGCGCUCGUGAAAGACGCCAAGAUCGAGGUCAAGACAUACUACAAGGACGACAAGUACGCGUUGUACAACUACCAUGCUGUUGUCGGCGGUCUUGAACCCUUCACUGAAUACGUCUACAAGGUGGGUAGUGCAACGGAGAAGAAGUUCCAGAGCGCUGUGAGUUCAUUCAAGACAGCACGCGCUGCUGGCGACAAGAGUCCGUUCGUCGUGGCUGUGUAUGGAGAUAUGGGGACCGAGGCGAACUCGGUGGCGUCCAACAAGUACGUGAACGAUCUGGUGGAUAAAGUGGAAUACAUCUACCACCUGGGCGACAUUUCUUAUGCAGACAACGACUUCUUGACCGCCAAGACCGCGUUCGGUUUCUUCUAUGAGGAAAUCAUCAACAAAUUCAUGAACUCGCUGACCAAUGUAAUGCGUCACAUGGCCUACAUGGUCGUGGUAGGCAACCACGAGUCCGAAUGUCACUCGCCCACGUGCUUACUAUCUGAUAGUAAGAAGGACCAGCUUGGCAACUACUCCGCCUACAACGCUCGCUUCCGCAUGCCGUCGCCCGAGAGCGGAGGUGUAUUGAACAUGUGGUAUUCAUUCGACUACGCCUCGGUGCACUUCACGACCAUCUCGUCCGAGACGGACUUUCCGAACGCACCGAAAAACGCCUACUUCACUAAACGCACGUACGGUAACUUCGGUAACCAGUUAAAGUGGCUCGAAGCUGAUCUGAAGGCUGCCCACGCCAACCGAGCCAACGUGCCCUGGAUUAUUGUUGGUAUGCACCGUCCUCUGUACACUCUUCGCUCCUGCGAUGCCAACGGCGUACCAAAUGACGAGUACGAGUCCUUGAAGGUUCAGAAGGCGUUUGAGAAACUGUUCAUCAAGUACAAGGUGGAUCUGGUCUACCAGGGUCACGUACAUGCGUACGAGCGCCACUACCCGACGGCAGAUAGCAAGGCCAUCAUGCACGGCGUGUCGAAGGAUGGCAAAACGUACACAAACCCGAAGGCACCUGUGCAUGUCAUUGCCGGAAUUGCUGGUAACUCGGAAGGGCUGUACCCGUUCAAAAACCCUCCGUCUCCGAAGUGGUUAGCACUGAUGGACAACGAGCACUAUGGUAUCACCAAACUCACUGCGAGUCCAACAAACCUGACGAUCACCAUGAUCGAAGCCGCGACUGGAACGGUGCACGACGAGUUUUCUAUCAUCAAAAAGAAAGCGUCAGCGAGUUGA